CUGUCUGACCUGCUGGGUAGGUUGCAGUUAACAAAUUGUUUGUUGGUUGUGAUGGCAGAGUUGCAGCCCGAGCUGUGGUAGGUAGCAACUACCACACACGGUCCUGGCCUUUUUAAGGCCUGAAACUACUUGUCUUUCGUGCUGUGUGCUUGGAAGAGUAGAACCCAUGGAGCACGAGAAGAAAUAUAAGGUGCUCUGCUUACAUGGCUUCCGGACAAGUGGGAGCUUCUUGAAGAAGCAGAUCAGCAAAUGGCACCCUUCCAUCUUCGAACAAUUUGAAAUGGUCUUCCCUGAUGGUAUGUACCCAGCUGGAGGGAAAUCAGAUAUAGAGGGCAUAUUCCCCCCACCAUACUUUGAAUGGUUUCAGUUCAACAAGGAAUUCACUGAAUACACAAAUCUGGAUGAGUGCAUUUCAUAUCUGUGUGAUUACAUGGUGAAGAAUGGACCUUUUGAUGGCCUGCUUGGAUUCUCCCAGGGUGCAACACUUUCAGCCCUUCUGAUAGGCUACCAAGCACAGUGCAAGGUGCUAAAUGAUCACCCACCAAUUCAGUUCAUGGUAUCAGUAUCUGGGAGCAAGUUCAGGGACCCAAGCAUUUGCGAUGUGGCCUACAAGGCCCCGAUCAAGGCGAAAUCUGUCCAUUUCAUUGGAGAGAAGGACUGGCUGAAAGUACCUUCUGAGGAGCUGGCUGCUGCCUUUGAUGACCCUCUCAUCAUAAGGCAUCCCCAGGGCCACACUGUCCCCAGGCUUGACGACGCAUCCAUUAAGCAGCUUUCUGCAUGGAGAUCCAGCAUCCUGGAAGACCUCAAGAGUUCAGACGCUCCUCUGGUCUCGGAGUCGGUGAAUCCGUCUGAUAAGGAGUACGUUGGUACGGAGACAACAGAAAACCUGGUGGAACAAGUUGCAGCUUAAGGCAGUAGCUGAACUAUGCUGGUUGAGUGUGGUGGUGGUGUCUGAAGCCUUGUUGUUUGAUUGCUUUACCCAGAAUACUUGAUGGAACUUGUUCACCCAUAUCUGUCGUGAUUUGGCCAGUAUUGUCUCACUAAGAUGAGAUAAUAAAUCAAUCUUGCUGAA